AUGGCGCCGUCCUUCUUUGGUCGUCCCGCCGGACUGGGCUUUCUUCUGGCGACAACUCUUGCGAAAGUUUCUUGUCGUAGUAGUGUCCAACCAGUAGUAGUGCCUCCGAACGAAUCCUGGGAUGGUCUCGAUGGCGCAUGGUCCUCAUUCGAUCUGAGUAUAGGAACACCAGCGCAAAAGGUUCGCGUCCUUCCGUCAUGGCAGUCCUAUCAAACGUGGGUUGUGGGUCCUGAAGGGUGUUCAGCAUACUCCAACUACAACGAUUGCGUUGAAUCCAGAGGCGAAGUCUUCAAUUUGAGUCAAUCCUCAAGCUGGACACAGGUCGGCACUUAUGAGUUCGGUAUCGAACAGAACUUGGGACUCGCCGGAAAUGCGUACUUUGGCUACGACAAUAUCGUCCUGGAUGACUCGGCUCAAACCACUAUUCAAACCACGACAGUCGGUGCAUUUGCAGUAUCAGAGUUUUGGCUUGGUAACUUAGGACUGAAUCCGAAGCCUACUAACUGGUCAGACGAUGCUCAAGGACUCAGUCUCAUGACGAAGCUCAAGAACGAAUCCAAAAUCCCCAGCAUCUCGUUUGGAUACACAGCUGGAGCUCCUUAUCGCUUCUCCGGUGUGCCAGGGUCAUUGACCCUAGGCGGAUACGAUCAGAGCCGAUUUGAAGCCAACAACGUCGAGUUCGAGUUUUCUUCCGAUGUUGCCAAAGAUACACUCAUCGCGAUCCAGUCCAUCGAGACUUUCGCACUCAACUCAUCUUCAAACGUUGAACUCUUGCCAGCGCCGAUAUUCGCCUUGAUUGACUCCACUGUGAGCCAGAUCUGGCUCCCUCUAGAUGCAUGCCAGGCAUUUGAACGCGAAUUUGGGUUGGUCUGGGACCCCACUUAUAACUUGUACCUCGUCAACUUCACACUUCACGCAUCCCUUCUAGCUCGCGAUGCUCGUGUCAAUUUUACAAUUGGCACCAAAGCUGCAGGAGGGCAGACGACCACAAUCUCCUUACCCUACUCUGCGUUCGAUCAGACAGCACAAUCACCAUACCAAGGACUAGCGACCGAAUCGAGCUACUUCCCACUCAGACGAGCAGCAAAUAGCACUCAGUAUACGCUUGGUCGAACAUUCAUGCAGGAAGCAUACAUCACUGUUGAUUACGAACGUGCAAAGUUCAACGUGUCGCAGUGUGUUUGGCCGCAAAACAUUGGGAACGCUAGCGAGAUUGUUAUCAUCGAACCAGCUCCCGCAUCCGAGAACGGUGGAUACUCAGGAGCUACUUCUGGAAGCACGGCCACAACGACUUCAGAUGCUGCAGGAUCUUCUUCAGGCUUGAGUGGUGGUGCGAUUGGUGGGAUUGUUGCAGGAAGCGUCGUCGGUGUCAUUGCACUCAUAGGCUUUGUCGCGUGGUACGUUCGUCGCGAAAGGAAGAAGAAGGCAUUGUCAGAAGAAGAAGAAACGGGCGAUGAAUCAUCACCUUCACGAGAUUCGGUAUCACACACCACAAUUGGCGAUGGAGAGAAGGGCACCACAGUCUUCCCGAAAGCGGAAUUGGAAGGCUCGACAGUGCACGAAGAACCCAAGCCAUCGCUUCGUCCCGAGUCAAGUUUGGCAAGCCCUUCGACUCUAGGGUGGGGAGGUAGUACUUGGUCAUCGACACAGGCGGAUCCAAUGUCACCUACAAGUGAGGCAGGCGGCCUGGAGAUCUACGAAAUGCCUGGCGACAUGCCUGAUAUAGCACAAGCAGAUGGCAGAACGAUCACAGAAAAGGAGAUGAUGAGGCGGCGCGAAGAGGUCUACAAUGGUGUCGAUCGAAGCAACCCGGUGAGUCCAACGACAGGACCGACGGAACGAAGAGGUGUGCAGCCAGAAGAGGUGGUGCUGCGGAGUGAAAUCCGAGACGAUGGCGAAGCAAAUUCACGACCAAACAGCAGGUUCAGCUUUGAAUGA